AUGCCUUGCGCCAUAGCCGCAGUAUCAAGCUCCCCAAUAUUCUCGCUGUCGCCACGAAGAAUAUCACCGAUUUUCUGCAAGCCUACAAGUUCGCCGCCGCCGCCGUCUCUAUCUCCGUCGCCGUUAACCCUGAAACACUUCAGGAAACCGUUCAACACCAAGGAUGAAAGUUUAAUAGAAGAAGAUGAAGCGACAUCAAAACUAGCGGCUUUGAAGAGGAAACGACCGGCGAGGAUUAAUAUUCCGGUGAUGGAUAUGGGUUUCGAAAUGAUGCCGGAUUUGGAUAGGUUGAGUGAAGUGGAGGUGGAAGGAGAAGGAUAUUCUUUGUAUUGUAAGAGAGGUAAAAGGGGUGGUGCUAUGGAGGAUCGGUACUCUGCUGUUAUGGGUCUUCAAGGGGAUUCUAAACAGGCUUUCUUUGGUGUCUUUGAUGGACAUGGAGGUGCAGGAGCUGCAGAAUUUGCAGCAAAGAAUUUGGAUAGGAACAUUAUGAAAGAAGUGGAAAGGAGGACACGUGAAGAGGAAGGAAUUGAGAAGGCAGUGAAGAAGGGAUACAUCACCACGGACAUGGAGUUUCUCAACGAAGAUUUGCGUGGUGGGACUUGUUGUGUGACAGCAUUGAUACACCAAGGGAAUCUAGUAGUCUCAAAUGCGGGGGAUUGCCGUGCUGUUAUGAGCCGAGGAGGAGAUGCCGAAGCCCUCACAGUUGAUCAUAGGCCUUGUAGAGAAGAUGAAAGAGAGAGGAUCGAGAGCCUGGGUGGCUAUGUGGAUUAUUGCCAUGGUGUUUGGAGAGUACAUGGAUCUCUUGCUGUAUCAAGAGCAAUUGGAGAUUGCCAUCUUAAACAAUGGGUGACAGCUGAACCGGUGACUAAAGUCAUAAAGAUCAUACCAGAAUACGAAUUUCUAAUCCUUGCUUCUGAUGGACUCUGGGAUAAGGUUAGCAAUCAGGAAGCAGUAGAUGUUGUCCGUCCUUUAUGUGUCGGCAUUGACAAACCAGAACCAUUUUCUGCUUGCAAAAAGCUCGUUGAUUUGUCAUUAUCAAGAGGAUCUGCAGAUGAUAUUAGUGUUAUGAUCCUCGAGUGUCUCCUGGUUAAUUUAUUGGCUAGUUGUUGGAGUUCUAAGCUUACACCAGCUUCGUCUUCCUUCAACUUUACCUCCUCAAAUUUGGGUUCUUUUGCGAUAUCAUCAAUUCAUGUGAACAGCAGAUGGAUCAAUAAUUCAAGGUUUUGCAAUUUUGAAACAGCCAUAAGCUGUUGGUUCAUUGGAAAGGUUCAGGCUUGA